AACUUCUUCCCCUGUUUCUGAGUUCUGAUUACCAAACGUCAAUAUACAUUUCUUCAAAUUACGUUUCUUUUUAAAAUCUCUCACUCUCCAAGAAUUUCAUUUCUGGGUCUAUAUCGGAUAGGGUUUGUUUUGAAGUAAGAAAGAUCAAAUCUUUAAGUAAAAAUGGAGAUGGGUUUCCAUGAAAAUGAGCAAAAUCAAGAAUUUUCGAAUCUAAUGGAGAUUGGAUCUGGGCAUUACGGGUGCUCACAUUAUAGAAGACGAUGCAAGAUUAGAGCACCAUGUUGUGAUGAGAUUUUUGAUUGCAGACAUUGCCACAACGAAGCUAAGGAUUCUCUUCAUAUUGAACAGCAUCAUAGACAUGAACUUCCUCGGCAUGAAGUUUCAAAGGUCAUAUGCUCUCUUUGUGAGACAGAGCAAGACGUCCAGCAAAACUGCUCCAACUGUGGUGUCUGUAUGGGGAAGUACUUCUGCUCAAAAUGCAAGUUCUUCGACGAUGAUCUUUCCAAGAAGCAAUAUCACUGCGAUGAAUGUGGGAUUUGCCGGACCGGAGGAGAAGAGAACUUUUUCCAUUGCAAAAGAUGUCGAUGUUGCUACUCCAAAAUUAUGGAGGACAAACACCGAUGUGUUGAAGGUGCAAUGCAUCACAAUUGCCCGGUUUGUUUCGAGUAUCUGUUUGAUUCCACAAGAGAUAUCACGGUCCUACGAUGUGGUCACACUAUGCAUUUAGAAUGCACGAAAGAUAUGGGUCUACAUAACCGAUACACAUGCCCUGUAUGCUCCAAAUCCAUAUGUGACAUGUCCAAUUUGUGGAAGAAACUUGAUGAAGAGGUUGCCGCAUACCCAAUGCCAAAGUUGUAUGAAAACAAGAUGGUAUGGAUUCUCUGCAAUGACUGUGGCUCAAACACGAACGUUCGGUUUCAUUUAAUCGCGCAUAAAUGCAGUAGCUGUGGUUCCUAUAACACAAGACAGACGCAGAGAGGCUCUGAUAGUCACUCUUGCUCCUCUGGAAUGCUUCAGGUUGUUGGUUCAACUGGUUAAUUAAUUCUUUAACCAGAGCUGGUUUUGGUGUCUAAAUUUCCCAAGAGGAGAUUAUUUGUACUACUUUCUAUACUUAAAGAUCAUCAGUCAAUGCCUCCGGUUGUUUAUAUCAUUACAUAUUCAAAAGCUGCUUUGAGCCAAUCCUACUCGCAAGUCUAGACCAUUAUAGCCACAUAGCCCAAAAUAAAACAACCAUCCGACU